AUGCACGAGUCUCCGCGUUGGCUCGUCGAACACGGCAGGACCGACGAGGCCCUUGACACGCUGCAGUUCUACCGCGAAGGCUACUACACCCCUGGCGAGGUCGAGACGGAGCUGACCGAGAUUGAGCGCGCCGUCGCCGCCUUCCGGAUCUCGGGCCUCACAUGGGUAUCACUCUUCACCGACAGCAGCCUGUUCGCCCGCAUGUGGCGCGCCGCUCUGCUGCAGUUUAUGGCACAAAUAUGUCUAUCAGUACCUCUUACCAUCCUACGCCGCCGUGCAACCAUCAUGAUGAGUUGA